AUGUUGGCAAGUGUAAUGGCUCCCCUGUGGGCCUGCAUCCUGGUGGCUGCAGGAAUUCUAGCCACAGACACACAUCAUCCCCGGGAUUCUGCUCUGUAUCAUCUCAGCAAGCAGCUAUUACAGAAAUAUCAUAAAGAAGUGAGACCAGUUUACAACUGGACCAAGGCCACCACAGUCUACCUGGACCUGUUCGUCCAUGCUAUAUUGGAUGUGGAUGCAGAGAAUCAAAUAUUAAAGACAAGUGUAUGGUACCGAGAGGUCUGGAAUGAUGAAUUUUUAUCCUGGAACUCCAGCAUGUUUGAUGAGAUUAGAGAGAUCUCCCUACCUCUAAGUGCCAUCUGGGCCCCUGAUAUCAUCAUCAAUGAGUUUGUGGACAUUGAAAGAUCCCCUGACCUUCCCUAUGUUUAUGUGAACUCAUCUGGGACCAUUGAGAACUAUAAGCCCAUCCAGGUGGUCUCCGCAUGCAGUUUAGAGACAUAUGCUUUUCCAUUUGAUGUCCAGAAUUGCAGCCUAACCUUCAAGAGCAUUCUGCAUACAGUGGAAGACGUAGACCUGGCCUUUCUGAGAAGCCCAGAAGACAUUAAGCAUGACAAAAAGGCGUUUUUGAAUGACAGUGAGUGGGAACUUCUAUCUGUGUCCUCCACAUACAGCAUCCUGCAGAGCAGCGCUGGAGGAUUUGCACAGAUUCAGUUUAAUGUGGUGAUGCGCAGGCACCCCCUGGUCUAUGUCGUGAGUCUGCUGAUUCCUAGCAUCUUUCUCAUGCUGGUGGACCUGGGGAGCUUCUACCUGCCACCCAACUGCCGAGCCAGGAUUGUGUUCAAGACCAGUGUGCUGGUGGGCUACACCGUCUUCAGGGUCAACAUGUCCAACCAGGUGCCGCGGAGUGUAGGGAGCACCCCUCUGAUUGGGCACUUCUUCACCAUCUGCAUGGCCUUCUUGGUUCUCAGCUUAGCUAAGUCCAUCGUGUUGGUCAAAUUCCUCCAUGAUGAGCGGCGUGGUGGACAGGAGCAGCCCUUCUUGUGCCUUCGAGGGGACACCGAUGCUGACUGGCCUGGAGUGGAACCCAGGGCCCAGCGUGCUGUGGUAACAGAGUCCUCGCUGUAUGGACAGCACCUGGCCCAGCCAGGAACCCUGAAGGAAGUCUGGUCGCAGCUUCAAUCUAUCAGCAACUACCUCCAAACUCAGGACCAGACAGACCAACAGGAGGCAGAGUGGUUGGUCCUCCUGUCCCACUUUGACCGACUGCUCUUCCGAAGCUACCUUUUCAUGCUGGGGCUCUACGCCAUCACUCUGUGCUCUCUCUGGGCACUGUGGGGUGGUGUGUGAAGACUGAAGUGUUCUGAUCUCAAUAAUUGUGCUGGCACUUAGAACAGAGAAGACAGGGAAUAAUAGUGGGUUAAAAAGCUUUCUGGGUUGGGUGUGGUGGCUCUUGCCUGUAGCCCCAGUGCUUUGGGGGGCCACAGCAGGAGGAUUGCUUGAGCCCAGGAGUUCGAGACCAGCCAGGGCAACAUAGUGAGACGGCAUCUCUACCAGUCAGUAAAUAAAUAAAUAAAUAAAUAGCUGGGCAUAGUGGCUCAUGCCUGUACUCUCAGCUACUUGGGAGGUUGAGGUGGCAGGAUUGCUUGAGCCCAGGAUUUCAAGGCUGCAGUAAGCCAUGAUUGCACCACUGCAGCCUGGGCGACAGAGCAAGACCCUGUCUCAAAAAAAAUAAAAUAAAAGGCUUUCUGCCGUCAUUGCCUCUCCAUUGAGUCCAGCUUCAUACACUUAAUAGUCUGCUGUGUGACCCAGGAAUCAUAUGUUCAUGAAAAUGUAUAAGCAGUAUGAGUAUACAGUAAAAAAGUAAACUUUCCUUCUUAUCCCAGUCCACUCACCCAAAGUAACCACUGUUAGUAAUUUCUUCCAGAAGAUUUCUAGGCACACGCUUGCAUUUAUGUAUGCUUAAGCAGUUUUUAAAAAAGUGUAAGAUGGCUCCAUCUUCCAGCCCUGCCUUGGCCAUUUAUUCAGUCACCCAUUCAACAAAACCUUUAUUGAGUAUUAAGUCCUAGGCAUUAUGUUAGGCACACCAGAGAAUACAAAAUAAGUCAGCACAGGUUAUUAUUCAUUUGAUGUGAUUCCCAUGGUCAACCUGGUACCAACCAACCAGAACAUAAAAUUCCUGCCAUAUCCCUCCCCUUCUGAGGCUCUUGUUACCACUUCCUAGCUAAGUCCACUGCCUCCACCCUCUUCCUGUGCCUCCUCAGCAGUGCAUCCCCACUGGAGAGAACCCAGGUGCCAAGACUUCUCUCUCUGUCUCUCUCUCUCUUUUUUUUUUUUUUUUUGAGGCAGAAUCUUGCGCUGUCACCAGAUUCGAGUGCAGUGGCGUGAUCUUGGCUCACUGCAACCUCGGCCUCCUGGGUUCAAGCAAUUCCCCUGCCUCAUCCUCCUGAGCAGCUGGGACUACAGGUGCAUGCCACCACACCCAGCUAAUUUUUUGUAUUUUAGUAGCAGGUGCCAAGGCUUCUAAGCCCAGUCUAGCACAUCAUUUAGUCCACACACAAGGGGCAACGCACGGAGUGGGAGGACAGGCAUAGCCCACGGUCCUUUGCUUCAAGGAAGUUAUAAUCCACUGUCCCUGAACUAGUCAGCUAGGAAAUACUACACACUAAGUAGCUUUAAGAGAGAUUUAUUUUCUCACCAGUCUGGAAGCUAGAAGCCUAAGAUCAAGGUGCAAACAGGGUGGCUUUCUUCUGAGCCCUCUCCUUGGCUUGCAGGCUGCUGACUUCUUGCUGUGUUUUCACAUGACCUUUCCUCUGUGCGUGCUUAUGUCUGUGUCCAGAUUUUCUCCUCUAACAAGGGCACCAGUGUUGUUGGCUUAGGAUCCAUCCUAGUGACUUCUUUUAACCUUAAUCACUUUUUCAAGGCCCUAUGUUCAAAGAGUCAUAUUCUGAGUACUAGGGGUUAGGAUGUCAACAUAUGAAUGUUGGGGAGUGGGCAGCAGACAGAGGGGACAUAUUUCAGCCCAUAACACUAGUGAUUCUGGAGGUUUAGGAAGUCCAGAAUCUGCAGAGUAGGCUGGCAGGCUGGAGGCCUGGGGAAGAGUUGCAGUUUGAAUCCAAAAGUGGCAGAAUUUCCUUUUCUUCCAGGAAGGUGAGUCUUUUUCUAUUAAGGCCUUCAACUGAUUGGAUGAGGUCCACGAUAUUAUAGCCAGUAAUCUGCUCUACUCAAAGUCUACUGAUUUAAGUGUUAAUCUCAUCUAAAAAUUACCUUCCUGGAAACAUAUAGAAUAAAGUUUGACUAAAUAUCUGUGUAUCAUGGUCUAGCUAUGUUGACACAUAAAAUUAACCAUCACAGUCCUGACGGCCACUUAGCUUCCCAUCUAUGUCUACACUCACCCAUCCAGAACAGGAGAGUCCUGGUCACCCUGGCACUUGGGUAACUAAUCAACUUCCAACCCAUACUCUCCAGUAGCCAAAUAUGUAUUAUGGCCUCAUAACGUGAAUCCUAAGAUUAGAAUUAAACCCUCCCACAAAAUGGCCUUCUUUUUGUAUUUGACUUUAUUUGCCUCUUCCAUUGUUUUCUAUCAGAGUCUUCAAUCCAGCCAAGCCAACCUGCUUGCCAUCCUCUUCGGGAAAGGGUUUAUUUCCAUCUAAGCUUCUACUUCUAUCUAACGUAUUCUUCUCUUGCUUUGCCAAUCUGUAUUUCAACUCUGUCCUAGAGCCCUGCUCAAAACAGCCUUCUUCCCCACUUCCUUUUCACCCAAUCCCCCGACUCCCCACUUACCUCUACCUUUAGUCUUACCUUACCUUGUAUCCUUCUCUCUUUGAAUGCUUUAUGCCCUUGUGUGUGUGUGUGUGUGUGUGUGUGUGUUUGUGGUUUGUCAUGUAGAUAACACACUCCUAGAAUAGUUACCUUAUUUUCUCCUUCUCGUUUAAUGCCCCAUCUAUGCCCAGGUCCACACAGAGUUUUAUAUCAUAUGGUGAUUCUGCAAUAACUAUUGCUGGGAGAUUCAUUCUAGCUCACUGCUGAUAGUGGACAUGUAUCUAGUGUGUUUUCCCAAGUCUAAGAGGCAAAAUCUAUCCAAGGUCAGACCCCCAGUCUCUGGGCAUCCUUCCCUCUCUCUCAUCUGGUGCCAUCAUCUAAAGGUCGACGGGUAGAAAACAGUGGGCUGUGUGAUAGUCAUCAGUCUUAACACUGUCAGCAGAAGACACAAAAGUCCAAAAGCUCUUUGCUAGAAACUUUUUCCAGCACUAAAAUUGCCUUUAGAAAAAUCUGCCCCCCUCCAUCCCCCCGAAGAAAAAGAAUUUAAAUUCAAACAGCCUUUACCUGCAUCCUUCGUCUCUCAUUACGUCCCAGUUAGUGCUCAGCGCCAAUUGUCCAUGAAAUUCCACUGCUGCUGUUAAUGAAAUGAAGAACAUAAGAAGUUUGUGAACAGGAAGUGUCCAUGCAAACCUCCACCUGUUUCCUUCCUCACUUCCUACUUUCUACUGCUAGCCUCCUCUGCUUUGGUGUGCUCAGUUAGGCAUCAUGGUCCUGAUGGCCCCUUAGCUUCCCAUCCACGUCGAUUCUGGCUUUCUCCACUUUCUCCUCCAGUUAACAGAGGAGGAAAGGAGGAAAAGGCCUGCGGUGAACUCCUCACUGUGGGGUCUCUCUCCUUCCCAACUAUGUCUUGGAGAAAGCACCAGUGUCAGAGUCAGGAGUCCUGAUGAUUACAGUCCUGGCUCUGCCAUUAUCUAGCCAGGGGACCUCUGUGAGCUUAACUUCUCAGACUUCAACUUACCUUAUUCGAAAUUGGGGCUGUUUAUAUUUGCUCUACCCCUAUCACUGAGUCAUGAGGAUCAAAAUGAAAGAAUGUAUUGAACAACGCUUUGAAAAGUAAAUAAUGGGGCGCGGUGGCUCACUACUAUAAUCCCGGCACUUUGGGAGGCUGAGGCGGGCGGAUUACCUGAGGUCAGGAGUUUGAGACCAGCCUGACCAACAGGGAGAAACCCCAUCUCUACUAAAAAUACAAAAUUAGCCAAGCAUGGUGGCACAUGCCUGUAAUCCCAGCUAUUCAGGAGGCUGAGGCACGAGAAUCGCUCAAACCUGGGAGGCGGAGGUUGCGGUGAGCUGAGAUCAUGCCAUUGCACUCCAGCCUGGGCAACAAGAGCUAAACUCCGUCACACACACACACACACACAAAAGUUGAAAGUGCUUUGGGAGGGGGGAGGGAUAGCACUAGGAGAUAUGCCUAAUGUUAAAUGAAGAGUUAAUGGGUGCAGCACACCAACAUGGCACAUGUAUACAUAUGUAACAAACCUGCAUGUUGUACACAUGUACCCUAAAACUUACAGUAUAAUAAAAAAAAAGAGAAGUAAAUAAUGCAUCACAAAAUAAAGAUAAGACCUGCUUGCUAUCAACA